UAUUUCCGGGUCAUCCAGGCCGCCUGUGGCGGCGCAGGCGUGAGUAUUAGCAGGUGUCCGGUCUAUGGAGUCAGUUGUUGCCGGCGGCGUCGCGGAGGCAGGAGGUGGUGUCCGAAUAGGGGCCUUUGCCCCGCCAGGAUGUUACCGGGCUUGGCCGCCGCCGCUGCGGCCCACAGAUGUAGCUGGUCCUCCCUGUGCCGGCUCCGUCUGCGCUGCAGGGCGGCGGCCCACGGCUCCAGCGAGCGCCAGGAAUGGCAGAAUUUAGUGACAUUGGGAAGCUUUUCAAACGUGGUUCCCUGUAGUCACCCAUUCAUUUGUACACUGAAUCAAGUGAAGUUGUACUCUACAAAUGUUCAGAAAGAAGGACAGGGAUCACAAAGUCUCAGAGUGGAAAAAGUACCAUCAUUUGAUGAAACAGCAGAAAAUAUAGGUGCUGAACUCAAAGCUCCACUCAUUAAGCAAGAACCUCUCCAAGUAAGAGUCAAAGCAGUCCUUAAGAAGAGGGAAUAUGGACCAAAGUACACUCAGAAUAAUUUCAUCACUGGAGUCAGAGCAAUAAAUGAGUUCUGUCUGAAAUCCAGUGAUCUGGAACAACUUCGAAAAAUCAGACGACGAAGUCCUCAUGAAGAUACCGAGUCCUUUACCGUAUACUUGAGAUCGGAUGUGGAGGCAAAAUCUUUGGAAGUUUGGGGAAGCCCUGAAGCUCUUGCCAGAGAGAAAAAACUGCGUAAGGAAGCAGAAAUAGAAUACAGAGAAAGGCUAUUUAGAAACCAAAAAAUAUUAAGAGAAUAUAGAGACUUCCUGGGAAACACUAAGCCACGGUCCAGAACGACAUCAGUUUUUUUUAAAGGGCCAGGAAAAGUGGUGAUGGUUGCCAUUUGCAUCAAUGGAUUAAAUUGCUUCUUUAAAUUUCUUGCCUGGAUUUAUACGGGUUCCGCAAGUAUGUUCUCUGAAGCUAUACAUUCUUUAUCUGAUACUUGUAAUCAGGGUUUGCUAGCAGUGGGCAUCAGUAAGUCUGUUCAAACACCAGAUCCUACUCAUCCGUAUGGAUUUUCAAAUAUGCGCUAUAUUGCUUCACUCAUUAGUGGAGUUGGUAUUUUCAUGAUGGGUGCAGGAUUAUCUUGGUAUCAUGGAAUCAUGGGAUUGCUUAAUCCACAGCCAAUGGAAUCCCUUCUAUGGGCAUAUUGUAUUUUAGCAGGAUCAUUAGUAUCUGAAGGAGCAACACUUCUCGUUGCUGUAAAUGAACUUCGUAGGAGUGCUCGGGCCAAAGGAAUGCCAUUUUAUAAAUAUGUAAUGGAAAGUCGUGAUCCUAGUACAAAUGUUAUAUUACUGGAGGAUACCGCAGCAGUCUUGGGAGUGAUAAUAGCAGCCACGUGUAUGGGCCUUACUUCUAUAACAGGUAAUCCCCUGUAUGACAGCCUAGGUUCUUUGGGUGUGGGCACGUUACUAGGCAUAGUCUCUGCGUUCCUCAUCUACACUAACACAGAAGCACUCUUAGGGCGAUCCAUCCAGCCAGAGCAAGUACAGCGGCUGACUGAACUCCUGGAGAAUGACCCAUCAGUAAGGGCAAUUCAUGAUGUUAAAGCCACAGAUCUGGGAUUAGGGAAAGUAAGAUUUAAGGCAGAAGUAGAUUUUGAUGGACGAGUUGUUACAAGAUCAUAUUUAGAAAAACAAGAUUUUGACCAAAUGCUGCAGGAAAUUCAAGAAGUGAAAACUCCUGAAGAACUAGAAACCUUUAUGCUUAAACAUGGAGAAAAUAUUAUUGAUACUUUAGGAGCUGAAGUAGACAGACUUGAGAAGGAACUGAAAAAACGAAAUCCCGAAGUUCGACAUGUAGAUUUGGAGAUAUUAUAGAUUUUAUUGAAUGAAUCUCUUUGGAGGAAAGCCUUGGAAACAAGUCCGCGAGCCUGCUCUCCUGUACUGAAGGUGUCAGGGCCAUUCAGAAGCUGUUUUUUUUGAAGAUGAGGAAGUAUUUAAUGUGAAGGGCAGUUCAGCAUCUACAGAAUGACUACUUCAUCCUUGUAAGGGACCUAUUACAAGUUGAAUCAAUUUGGAAAUCAUGUUUUUAUGUUUCAAUAGAGAACAUUUUACUUACUUAAAUUGUUCAUAAUUUUUCAUUUUACCCUGUCAGGGUAUAUUGUAUCUUGCGAUCAUGUUUCCUUUCUUUACAUUUGUAAAAAUAAGCAUCAUCCAUAGGAUUAUGAGUUUUAAUUUUGUUACCUUUGAAGAUGUCACUCCAUCAGAACCUGCCAAUCUUGAACGUUCUGGCUAAAUUUAGUUUUUAAAUAGUCACUCUGUUUUUUCCUUACAGAAUGUGGAAAUUAUUUCUACAUAAUUCUGCCCUGAGCAUUAAGAGGAACACUCUCCUAUCCUAAUUAUCCAUAAAUGUUCAUUCCAGAAACGGCUUAGUUCCUGAAUUGAAGGAGGACAUUUCAGUCCACCUUUUAGGUUGUAGUAGUUGCCAUUUUGUAAAUUUCUUAUCUCUCCUUUACUUUUUUCUUUAUUUAGUUUAAUUUUUCCAGUAUAGGAGAUACAGAAUAACCCUGGAUGUUUCCAUAGGCCAGUUUGAUGGCUGGGUUUUUUUGUUUUGUUUUGUUUUUUAACUGGCUUCAGUGCCAUAAUGUGUAUUUACUAGGCGGUAAUGCAUUUAUAAGCAUUUUAAAAUUCUGUAAAAUGGACUAGAAAUAUUUAUAAUUUUACAGACGGGACAGCAUUUUAUUUUUAAUUUAUUUUAAAAGGCACUACUCAUGUAAAUCUGAACUGUGAGAUAUUUCUUGCUUUAAGAGAAAGAGAAAUAAAUCUCUUAUGCGGAAACUUGUGGCCACGAUUUUGUAUAAUAUCAUAGUCAAUAGUGUGUCUGUAACAUGAGUUUCUUACAGUUAUAAAUGGGCAUUUAUCAUAAUAUAUGGUUAAAACAUUAUGUAAGUAAGUAGCUUUCUAGUGAUAAGAUACCAAGGUGAAAAAACAUACAAUUCAGUAAUGAAAAAUUUAGUGCAAAACUACAGCUGUGUCUCCAUUCAUCAAAAUAACUCAUGCACUUUAAGUUGUUCAGGGUGGCAGUGAGCAUUGUCCAUGCAAGAGUUGUAGCUGGGUGAUUCUAUGCUGGAUAAGUGGGGGUUGAUGUAAGAACCUAACUACUUGUAUGAGGUCAGUGGCUAAAAACUUAACUUAGAUGGAAGUUUAUGAAUCACAGCAGAUUGUAAUGCUGGAAACAAAAAAUAAACAUUUGAUUAAAGGGUUUGUAAUGGUAAUUUUUUGAUCCAAAAGUGUCAUGUAUUAGAAAAUCAUGAAAAUUUA